CAGAAAAUCAAUUAGUGAAUAAUACUAUUUGAAGUCGUGUGCAAGAUAAGUUUCCUGGUGAAAUUCCGUUUUCGGCGAUUGGUUUUUCAUCGAUUUUGCAGAAGGAAAACAGAUAUCAAAAGGCGAACUGCAAUCACCAUGUCUGACUAUUUCGAAGAACUGGGACACGAACCCACCGGUCCGGAGGGUGCCAAUGACUUUGACCGAAACUAUAAGCGUCUACAGGUCCUAGCCGUCAUGCACGGGAUCGAUGUGGAGAUCGAGGUGCCGGAGGCAUCCAGGCGAGCGAUUGCAGAGCUUCCUGUCCACGUGAUCCUGGAAUCGGAGGAGGGUGGUGAGCUGGAGUGUUCCGUGUGCAAGGAGCCUGCAACAGCGGGCGAGAAAUACAAGAUUUUGCCAUGCAAGCACGAGUUUCAUGAGGAGUGCAUCCUGCUUUGGCUAAAGAAAACCAACUCAUGUCCUUUGUGUCGCUACGAAUUGGAAACGGAUGAUGAGGUCUACGAGGAGCUGCGCAGGUACAAACAGGACGAAUCCAAUCGUCGCCAGCGCCAGAAUACCAUUAUGGAUUCCAUGUUCGGAUAAUUAUGGAGUUUCAAUCGAAACAUUAACAAAACAUUUUUUUGUUGGAUAAAAAUGGUUUGGGGCUUAAAUUGUAUGGUAUAUGUUUUAAUAAAGGUAUUGUGAGAUGGAUUUUA